AAUUGCAACGGCCAUUCCCACCUUGAGCCCCCAAAUCACUGUGUGUCUGUGUGUGUGCUUUACAUCACUCUCUCUUGUGCCAAAAAGUCUCAUAGUUGAGAAAGUGAGCAAAGGCAGCUAAUCAGAAAGAAAGAGAAAAAAUGUCGAACAAAUCGCCCAUUUUUCCAAUUUCAGAGCCUCAUCAUUUCAGUGACUAUGGCUUUGACCCUCAAAUCGAUUAUUUUCAGGUUUUAGAAGAAGCAAGGAAGCACAAGGUCGAAACAUCAACCUCCUCCAUAGAUGCUCUGCACUUCAAUCUCAAAAUACCCAUCUCGAAAGAGGAGUCAAAGAAGAUCAAAAGGAGCAAGAAACGAUGGUGGCGAAGCGCACUGCUCUUCUUUAGAUGGAAGUGGACCGCCCACAACUACAAGGACAAACCCAUCUCCUCCAAUGGUGGUGCUCUGAGGGGAUCAAUAUCAGGACCAGUGUACUUCACGGAGAGCCGAAGUGGGUCCGCCUCGCCGUACCGAACCACCAGCCGGCCGUCGUCGGGGCCACUCGCCUUAACAAUGACGCCGUCGAGAAAGGGGGAGGUGGAGGUACCGUACACCAGUCUGAGGGAGAUGGAUGUGGAUCAGCAGCAGCGGAGGGUCUCUACCUCCGCAUUGCCUAUAUAUUUGGUCCCUUGAUAUUAUCAAUUUAUCAGUUUUACAGAUUGGGUUUGAUCAAUUUUUUUUU